GCAUUUUUUACCCCAUGGAAAGCACUUUUAAGACUGUCAAACUUUGAAAGAGUAUUCAUUUCAACAAUUUGUAUUUCAUAACUUUACUCUUUUAUUAAUCCACUUUAGGUCAACAUAUAGAUAAGGAUAUCUGGUUUUAUGACAAUCACAGAAGAACUUUGAAUCUGCUAAAACGUCACAAAGAAAGUAUUCUCCAUAGUCAACACACGAGCAGAUCUCCACCAGCUCAGUGAAAGCCAGAUACAUUGUUCCGUGCAAGAAUGAAGACUUUGCAGACUACUUUUUUUUUGUUUGUGUUUGUACCUUUGGCAAAUUCAGCACCACCUAUACAGCAAGAAUCACUCCAGUUUUAUGAGUAUGAUACAGAUGUUACCAUGGGAAGCCUGAUCCAACAAGAUUAUGAAAUGCAAUCCAAGGAUAUAAGAAAGGAUGGAACAAAUGUUUCUCUCGACACUUCCUUAAGACUGCAAGGGGAUGACAGCGAACGCGAUGUACCACCAACAAAGGAUACAAAUUUACCUACUUGUCUGCUCUGUGUGUGUUUAAGCGGAUCAGUGUACUGCGAGGAAAUAGACAUCGAAGCUGUACCCCCACUGCCAAAGGAAACAGCGUAUCUUUAUGCACGAUUUAACAAAAUAAAAAGGAUAGCAGUCUCAGAUUUUGCUGACAUUACUACCUUGAGAAGAAUUGAUUUUAGUGGAAAUAGGAUAGAAGAAAUAGAAGAUGGAGCCUUUUCAAAGCUUCUGCUAUUGGAAGAACUUUCUCUUGCUGAAAAUCGACUUCUAAAACUUCCUGUUCUACCUCCCAAAUUAACAACAUUUAAUGCAAACCAGAAUAGAAUCAAGAGCAGAGGAAUCAAAGCAAAUGCUUUCAAGAAGCUGACAAAUUUGGCCUACCUCUACUUAGGACAUAACGCACUGGAAUCUGUUCCCCUUAACUUACCAGAAAGUCUGCGUAUUCUUCACCUUCAGUACAACAAUAUUACUACAAUCACCGAUGACACAUUCUGCAAAUCUAAUAACACACGUUACAUCCGCACAAGUAUGGAUGAGAUAAGGAUGGAAGGCAAUCCGAUCCUCUUGGCAAAGCAUGUUAAUGCUUUUUCCUGCUUGAGAACACUGCCUGUAGGAACAUACUACUAGCCACUACUUAUGUAAUUAUACGUGCCAAAACUUAAACAUGGUAACAGAAGAUUAUUCUUUUUCCUCUGUUUACACGUUUAUAUCCUCUCCCUUACUAAUGCCGUUUACCUGCAUACCCAGAACCUUUUACUAUGUUGAAAUGUGGUUCUCCUCUGAAAUAACUGUUUCAAAGCAGCCACAUCAUUUAGUAGUUACAAUGUCACCCAUGCUUUCAGAAACUUUUCUGUUAAUGAAAGUGUAAAAAUACAUAUAUGCACACACAUAUCUUCUCAACUUUUAUUUCACCACAUAUUCUUUACGUGUAGGUAAAAUCACACAAGUAACUGCUUGUUCACAUUCUUUAUCAGUACCCAGAAUAAUCACUACAUUUUACUUUCAAAUAAACGCAAAACAUGCUUUGAGCAAGCUACAGGAGAAAACUACAUCUUAAUUCCAAUCCCAUUUUUUUAAUCUGAAAUGAAAGUUUUUCAGUUGACCUUCAAAAGCGUAUUGGAUGAAGUUGCAUACAAAAGAAAGUUAUGUUUAGAAAUAGAACUUCUCAAAGCUUAACUUCAUUAAAGCUUCCUUAAAAACUUGGUUCGCAGAAAAUGAGAAUAAUUCCUAUUUAGGCUUAGUGUACCAAGCAACAUAGCAAGUGGAACUUUUCAAAGAUAUGUUAAUUCUCUUUCUACUAUUUUGCUUUCAAAAUAAUCUGAGUGUGUGUGUGUAUAUAUAUGUAUUUUAUUUUUACACAAGGUAUUUUUAAUUGAAAUAUAUAAAUUUUGCUCAGCUGUACUCACAAGAGUCAUUUUUGCAACACCAGCUUCCCAUUUUAACACAAUGGUCCAAGUACAGCAUAAUAUGACUCCAAGUAUCUUUGUUAUUAACAUGAUGUAGACUGAGCCUUGUUCCACUGCUUUUUCUUGACAAGGAAAUGUGACAAAAUAACUAACAGCAAAGCUGAACUAAUGUUUUUACCUGUAAAUAAGUAAGAUUUCACCUAGAUGUCAGUGCAAAGAAACAGAAGUAUCCUUGUACAACAAUACUUUCGCUCAUUAGGGAAAAAUCAAAUCGGAUCUUUAAAUUAAAAAAAAAAAGUUGAUUCUAUCAUUAAUGUAAAAAAUAGUGUUAACUUCAAGAAAAUUAAACUAGCAUCAUUUCACUCAACUACUCUAAACCAUGCAGCUUAUUAAAAACACAAAUUGAUGCAUGCAGGCCUCAACAGUCAGUUCACCUAAACCUGUACGUUAUUGAUACAGGACACAAUGAUUUUAAUUAAACAACUUUAUAUUUCUGACAUUUCAUUUUCAGUUUCCCCCCUCAAAUACCUGACACAGGCAUAAACUCUUCAGAUAAAUGAAUGUCAAAAGUGUGCUACUUACUAUUACCAGAUCAACUUUGUACUAAUUUUGAAGCUAGUAUAGAUUCCUAAUUUGUAGAAAUAGUUAAGCAUCAAAUGCAUGAUGAUGUAUCACUACAUCUAGAAUACUGAUUUUACAAGAUAUUUUGUAUUAGUUUUGUUUAUCUUAUUUAGCUAAGCCUUGAUUUGUUAGUGCUUGUGCUAUGGGGAAUUAAGUGCACACUUAAUUCUGAACAUACUGAUGCUCUGCCACUAAGAGUAUUGAGAAAAAGUGACUGAAAGUUACUUAGGUAAGUGACUAUUGUCAAGCAUCAACUGUGGGCUCAUCUUUCUGGAAAGAGGAUGCAAUUAUGAAAUGCAGGACAAAAAUCUUUUUGCCCUGAAUCCAUUACCCAAGAAAGACAUAGCAAUCCCCAAUAUUUUCCAUUUUAAGUUAUUUGGUGUAACAAGAAACAAAUUCCAUUGACUUAAUACAACUGAGAACAAAACGAAGUCCGACAGUGAGAAUACUACUUGGUUUUCAUUUUUUGCAUGUAAGUCAUAAAACUUUGAUGUUUCCAGGCUUUUAGCGAAAGGUAAAAAAUAACCCCAAAGCAUGUAAAAAUACAUUCCAACUUCAAGUCAAAUUUAUACUAGGAAAAAAUGAAAGCCACCAAUUCUCUCAUCCCUCUUUUGAUAAAUGCCUGAGAUGGAGAAAACACAGCUAGAAGUGUAAAUGUAAUAACGCUACAUAAGCAGUGGCCUCUGAUCUUAUUCUCAUCACAAAUCAUUAUUACUAAAUAAAGCUCUUUCCAGAACUGAUAGAAUCAGUAAAUAUCACCAAAACUCUUCCUAUGAAAACAAUUAUAUGUGUAUACACAAAUAUAUGCACAUUUAUGUAAUAUAUAAACACAUGUAAACAUUCUAAGACCUAACCACUACCACAUUAUUAAUUUUACAUUAAAAUGUUGUAUAUAUUUUUGAAAAAGUACUAAAUAUCAACAGUAACACUAAUUAAUGCUCUUAAUAUUUUGUGAGCAAACCAAAGUAGA